AUGUUUAUCGAAGAUGAUGCGCAAAUGGACAGCUUUUGGGUGCAGAGCGCGCUGGGCGCUAUCAAGACAAUUGCAUUUCUUUAUGAUAUUAUAACGCUGCCCGUCUAUUUGGUAUUACAAGCGCCCUGGAAGCGUCGACAGGACUCAAGGCGCGUCAAGGCACGCAUCAUAAAGAAUGACGAAACCGAGCUGACGUACCGCACCACGGAGCCGCCACGUGAUGUGCAUGUCAAGAUGCUGCAGGAGAACAUUGAUACGCUGGAGAAGGUGUUCAACUAUGUGGCCAAGACGCAUUCAACGAAACGUUGCCUGGGCACGCGUCAAAUACUCAGCGAGGAGGACGAAACGCAGCCCAAUGGACGCGUCUUCAAGAAGUACAACAUGGGCGACUACAAAUGGAAGAACUUCAUUGAGGCGGAACGCAUGGCGUCCAGCUUUGGACGUGGUCUGCGUGAGCUUGGCCAAGCGCCACGUGAAAACAUUGUCAUCUUUGCCGAGACGCGCGCCGAGUGGAUGAUUGCAGCUCAUGGCUGCUUCAAACAGGCCAUGCCCAUUGUAACUGUUUACGCCACGCUGGGAGACGAUGGUGUUGCCCACUGCAUUAGCGAAACGGAGGUAACCACUGUUAUAACCUCGCAUGAUUUGCUGCCCAAGUUCAAGACGCUGCUGGACAAGUGCCCCAAUGUCAACACCAUUAUCUAUAUGGAGGAUCAGCUGCACAAAACCGAGACCACAGGCUUCAAGGAAGGCGUCAAAGUGCUGCCAUUUGCGCAAGUUGUAAAGAUUGGCAACGACAGCAAGUUUGAGAACGUGCCACCCAAGGGCGAUGAUAUUGCCAUCAUUAUGUACACCUCUGGCUCAACGGGCACACCCAAGGGCGUGCUGCUGUCGCACAAGAAUUGCAUUGCCACCAUGAAGGGCUUUUGCGAUAUGGUUACCAUUUAUCCAGAGGAUGUGCUCAUAGGUUUUCUGCCUUUGGCGCACGUUUUCGAGCUUGUUGCGGAGAGCGUUUGCCUUAUGACUGGCGUUUCCAUUGGCUACUCCACGCCGCUGACCUUAAUCGAUACGAGCAGCAAGAUUAUGCGCGGCUGCAAGGGCGACGCUUCCGUAUUAAAGCCCACGUGCAUGACUUCCGUGCCACUGAUAUUGGAUCGCAUUUCAAAGGGCAUCAACGACAAGGUCAACUCGGGCUCGGCGUUUAAGAAGGCGCUGUUCAAAUUUCUUUACCAAUACAAGGUCAAGUGGAUACAGCGUGGCUAUCAGACGCCGCUGAUUGACAAACUGGUCUUCAAAAAGGUUGCCAAGCUUAUGGGCGGCAAGGUGCGCAUUAUUAUGUCUGGCGGUGCGCCUUUGUCCUCCGAUACACAUGAGCAGAUCAAGACGUGUCUGUGCGUCGACUUAAUACAAGGCUAUGGUCUAACGGAAACUACCUCUGGCGCCACUGUUAUGGACUCGCGUGACAUGACCUAUGGACGCACUGGUGGCCCGCUUACCGUUUGCGAUAUACGUCUGGUUAACUGGGAGGAGGGCAAUUAUCGCAUUAACAACAAGCCCUAUCCACAAGGCGAAGUGCUCAUUGGCGGCGAUUGUGUAUCCCAAGGCUACUACAAGCUGCCUGGCAAGACUAGCGAGGACUUUUUCGAGGAGGAUGGACGUCGCUGGUUCAAGACUGGCGACAUUGGCGAAGUACAAACCGAUGGCGUACUUAAGAUCAUUGAUCGCAAGAAGGAUUUGGUUAAGCUGCAGGCUGGCGAAUAUGUCUCAUUGGGCAAAGUUGAAUCCGAGUUGAAAACUUGCGGCAUUAUUGAAAACAUUUGCGUUUAUGGUGAUCCAACAAAACAAUUUACUGUCGCGCUGGUCGUGCCAAAUCAGAAACAUCUCGAGGAGCUGGCUGAACGUAAUGGACUGAAAAAUAAAACCUUUGAAGAGCUGUGCUCAUCGCCCAUUAUGGAGAAGGCUAUACUCAAGGAAAUUGCCGAACAUGCGCGAAAAUGCAAAUUGCAAAAGUUUGAGGUGCCUGCAGCUAUAACGCUCUGCAAGGAAGUCUGGUCACCGGAUAUGGGUCUGGUAACGGCUGCAUUCAAGCUCAAGCGCAAGGAGAUACAGGAUAAAUAUCAGCACGAUAUUAGCCGCAUGUACGCUUCAUGAAAAUCAAUGUACUAAGCAGCAGCAGCAGAUACAACAAACCAACAACAACAACAAUAACAACAACAACAGCAGCAGUUAGCAGCAGCAGCAGCAGUAAUGAACUUCAAGUGGAAAUGGUUUAGUACAGCUCAGGCAAACACACACACAUACACACACAAGCUCACUUGGCAUUACUGAAAACCAAACUAGCUUAAGUACUAAAAGAUCUAAAAAGCCCAUUAAGACACACACACACCUAUGCAUUAAACACACACUUAAGUAGAUUUGCCUGCUUAGCUUAGCGCAAAGUGCGAGAGAAUUUGUAAUUUAUAAGCUGCUUGGCUUUUGUUUUGUUUUUUGCAUUUUGAAUAAGGGACAAAUUUCUGUAGUUUCUUAGUCGAGCUUGGUUUGGUUGAGCUUCUCUUAUUUGCUGUUGAUGAUAACGAGAUGAUGACGUUUAUAUUGAAUGACAACGCUUAUGAAGAUGAUGAUGAUGUACAGUUUUUUGGUUUUUAUUAGUGCAUACAUAUAUUUUUUUUCUUGUGGCAAAUAAAACAAUUGCGUGAAAAAUACUUAUUUUUAUAGAAAACAAUAAAUAUUGCUUAAGUGGUUGCCUAUUAAUUAUGUACAUACUGAUACACAAAAUGCGUAUAUACAUAU